AUGUCCUGUUGUUACGGUAUGGAUAAGAAGAUCAAAGAUUUGAAUACCAAACUUUAUGAAGUUGGCCCUGUUAAACAAGCUUCGGAUUUAUCGGGUUUGGCGCCAGUAGGGGUAUGCUCCCUCCUGGCUGGAGUCUUCAUUGCCUCUAUAUGUCUACUCACUGGAUUUGCGGUCAACACCGUGUGUAAUCUGGUCGGAUUUUGUUACCCCGUCUAUAAGAGCUAUGAGAUCGUCGAGGCGGCCAACCCCACUAAUGAGCAGACUAAGGCUAUACUCACCUAUUGGACCGUCUUUGGCGGCUUCAUGUUGAUAGAGGCAAUCGUCGAUAACCUAUUCUUCUGGGUGCCCCUGUAUUACUUCCUUAGAGUUGGCUUUCAGGUCUACCUUUUCUACCCCGACUUCCGUGGAUCUGCCAAGCUAUACUCUCUCGUUUGCAAGCGCACAUUGAAUCAGGUCGCGAAGCUCACCCCUCUGAUCACUGCCGCGCCUAAAGCGACGCCGGCUACUGAGAAGCGGUCUGAUUGA